UUAAAAACUAAGAGAAGAUUCAAGGUGGAAAAGAAUCCUGGACACAAAGACCAUUCUAAUCAACAACAUGAAACUGGCUCUUCAUCUUCUCUUACUUUUGUGUACUGGCUUCAGUUUUGGUAAUAAUCCACAGCAAGCUCAAGAGGUUCUUCUAGAUGAAAAAUGCUUAAGGGAAAAAUAUACACAUCAUUCCUGUGAGAAAGUCUUCUGCCAACCAUGGGAAAAAUGUAUUGAUGGAAGCUGUAUUUGCAAACUUCCUUACCAAUGUCCAAAGCUUGUUGGGUCCGUAUGUUCAACUACUGGAAGAACCUAUAAUAAUUAUUGUCAACUAAAGAGCUAUGAAUGCAUUAAUCCGCAAACAAAGUUUUUAAAUAGUGGAACUUGCCAUGGUCAAGGCCAAUUCGACCUAUCUUUGAAAUAUGGAAAUACAGAGGCAGAAGGACUUGUGCAAGUCAAAAUGGGAAAUGUUACAUUCUUCAUGUGUAAAAACAAUUGGAGCAUAAAUGAAGCAAAUGUGGCCUGUUUCUAUCGUGGGUUUAAAGGAGGAGCCAUUAAUUUUAAGAGGAGAUUUCAUUUGCCAGAUGAUGUUGAUGUCAACAUCACUGACUGUCUGGAAGCAAACUGUAGAGGACUGGAAACCACUCUGGCAGAAUGUGUUUUAACAAAAAGGAAAGCUAAUGGACAGAAUUUUGCUGGUGUGGUGUGUAGUACACAGGACGAAGACUUCACCAAUUACAAUUCAUUCCAGUGUGUCAAUGGGAAGUAUAUUCUACAGUCAAAAACUUGUGAUGGUAUCAAUGAUUGUGGAGACCAGAGUGAUGAGCUGUGUUGUAAAGGGUGUAGAAGUACAGGUUUCUUUUGUAAAUCUGGUGUUUGCAUUCCUAAAAAGUACCGAUGUAAUGGUGAGCUGGACUGCAUUACUGGAGAGGAUGAAAUAAAUUGUGAAGGUUUAGGACUCUCUGAAGGUCAUGAUUUGAGAACCUCUGAAGAUCAAGGGACCAGAAAUGAUGAACAAGAAAUCCAAGAACAAGAUGAAGUACUGACUGGUAAUAUGGAGGAACAAAGAAAAUUGUUCAAGUCUCUCUUACCCAAAAUAAGCUGUGGUGUUAGAAACUACACACAUGUUCGAAGGAAACGAAUUGUAGGAGGAACAAUUGCAAAUGAGGGGCAAUUCCCAUGGCAGGUGGCAAUUAAAGACGGUGAAAAAAUCCAUUGUGGAGGAGUCUAUAUUGGUGGCUGUUGGGUACUGACCGCUGCACAUUGUGUCAGAAAAAAUGCAGUGCACCGAUACCAGAUCUGGACAGGCCUGCUAGACUGGAUAAAAGUGAACACUGGAGUUAAAAUCCAGAGGGUAAAGCAGGUCAUCAUCCACGAAGACUACAAUGGCGUCACCUAUCAGAAUGACAUCGCUUUGAUGGAGAUGCAGAAGCACUCGAGCACCAACAAGUGCGACCUGGCAAAUAUGGUCCCGGCCUGCAUCCCCUGGUCCAAGUACCUCUUCAAACCUGGUGACAAGUGCGUGGUUUCUGGCCUGGGAAGAGACGAAGCAAACAAAAAUAUCUUUAAGCUCAAAUGGGGUCAGGUGAAGCUGAUAGGCAACUGUUCUAAAUAUUACUCCAAUCGCUUCUUUGAGAAGGAAAUGGAAUGUGCAGGAACAGAUGAUGGCUCUAUAGAUGCCUGUAAAGGGGAUUCCGGAGGGCCCUUAGUCUGUAUGGAUGCCAACAAUGUGUCUUACAUUUGGGGCGUUGUGAGCUGGGGUGAAAAUUGUGGAAAACCGGAAUUCCCCGGGGUUUACACCAAAGUGGCCAAUUAUUUUGAUUGGAUAAGUCAUCAUGUGGGAAGGAACACUAUUUCUCAAUACAACAUAUGAUGCUCUGACUUCCUUAGCUUUGCUAUUAUAGUCAGAAUUCCCACGCUAACCUAAGACAGUAGGGAAUUAUUAACUUUUAAAAACCAAAAAAACUUUUAAAAACCACAAAAACAUUUCAAAACAGUCUUUUGUAGUCAUUUUUUUCUGUCUCUUAUUAAGAAUUGUGCCUGAAUAAAUUCUAGCCUUAAAUUUUAUUGUAAAGUUCACAAAAUAAACACUUUUGACAAGCA